UCCUUGAACUGAAGCAGAAUGAAGCGCGAGCAGAGUCUCCUUUAAUCCGGAGACUCAAACACUCUCUCACUCACUCACAGCGCUCAGCCGCUUCCCUCACAUCUGCUACCGGUGUCUCCCUCUUCGAAAGUCGACGAGAAGAAGAUCUGUUUUUCUCCCGAAUGAAGUAUCUGGUACUUUAACAGCAUCCGCAGCGGAGGUGUGAAAGUGUGAGAAGAAGGUCAUGGAGCAGUGAUGUCCCUGUGCUGAAGUCAAGUUCUCCUCAGUCAGUAUGGAGUCUAGAGAGAGAUUGUCCCCUACACACCCCCAACCGUCCAUCAGAUCUACUGCCUCCCAUUCUGCAUCAUCACUGAACCAAACGAGCAAGAGCGGGCAUUUGUUCCAGGUGGCAGGUGAUCCAGGGAUUGGAAUGUCAGCAGUGUCCAGUGCCUUCCCUAUGGUGUCCCAUCCCGUCUUUAGCAUUUACUCUACUCUAUCUGGACGCUCUCAUUUCGGAGGCUUGGGGACGCUGGGGCUUCCAGCGGCUCUCGCCUCGCAUCCCCAGCUUGGAACCUUCCCAGAUUGGUGGCGGGCAUCAGAUGCACAGGUUCAUGGAGCAGCUGCACUCUUUCCCCCUCUUUUAGGCCUGCCCCCCUUAUUCACUCCUCCAACCCUGAGCACAGACCCCACCCCUGGGCAGCCUCACACCCCCAGCAAGAGCAAACAGGCCUCUGCUAAAGGGUUGAAUGGCACAGUGAAUGGCAAUGGCAAGUCCACUUCCUCUGGAGCAAGCUCUGCCUCCUCUUCACCCUCACCAAAUCUUAUGACACCCGAGCAGAGCAAGACCCCUAAACCAGGCCUGAACCCACAAACCCACAGCCAGAUCCUUAAACCUACCCUGACCCCACAAAAUCACAACAAAAUUACCCCCAAACCCACUCACCACCACCUCAAAAGCCACAAGUCAGACAGCAAACCCCAGCACGGAAGUAGGAACCACAAGAUCAAGACAGGUCAAGUCCAAGAGAAAUCCAGCAACAAAAAAGAAAAGAAACUCUGUAAGACAAUGGUAGAGAUUUCCAGCGAUAGCCGAUCAGGUUGCAGCUCUGACAGCUCCAGCGACUCACUCAGCAGCUUGGACUCGGCCGAUCUAGACGACGACGAUGAUGAUGAGGAUGAUGAGGAUGGUGCUCUGAGCAUUGCCAGUGAAGACUCUGACUCUGACCGCGAGCAAAGAGUGAAGAAGAAAGUUAAGUACUCUCCACAGGCAAGCCGAGUGAAGGAUGGCUUUGCUGCCAGAGCAGACAUUCGCUCUUUGGACCCUCACAGCAGCCUGCUGUCCUCCUUCUUCUCCAGGAAGACUUCCUCCCAACCUCUCACACUCUCUCAGGCCAGUCCCCUGCUCUUCCAGAGCUCCAGGCCCAGAGUGGAGGCCACCAAACACACCAGCGUCAUCCAGGCUACAGGACUAGCAGCCAGCUCCAAGCCCCUCCCCCUCAUCACCCAAGAUCAAGGAACCUCCUCCAGACCACCGACUCCUUCUUCUAAACCCCUGUGUCUUGCCUUGUCCCCCAAAACUCCCUCUCUCUCCUCUUCUCCAAAGAACCUGUCCAUUUCUUCAUCCCCCAAACCUCUCUCUCUUUGCCUAUCCCCAAAACAUUGCUCUGUCUCUCCAGCUCCAAAACCACUUCUCUCCAUCUCUCCUAAGCCUCCCUCCCUCUCCUCCUCUCCCAAACCUGACACUCUCUCACCAUCUCACAGACUCAAAAGCCUGGCCUCGUCCCCCAGGCCUCCCUCUCCCAGAACCCCCUCCCUACUACCUGAAAGCCUGAGGGCGGCAAGCAGGAGUUCCCCAGAAAAGCCCCUUCAGCACACCAAUGACUUUGCUCAUCUAAAACAGGAACCUUUCAGACCCCCACACCAGAAAGCAAGUAACCCCUUGAAGAGAACCACUCUUCGUGACAGUCGUAAGCUCCAGUCUCCCCACAGCAAACACCAGCAUUCCAAUCUGUUUCUGUCCUCCACUCUGUUGGAGAACUCCCAUCCUAAUGGGAUCAUCCAGAACACUGUGCAGGAUGCCCCUCUAGACCUCAUCACCAAACCUCGCUCCCACAGCUCCGGAACUCCCAAUAAGGCUUUACUAGCAGCUGCCAGUCCCUAUUUUAACACGCCCAUCAACCUGACCACUGGAACCAAGGAGCAUUCGCCUGGACUUGUCACCCCAAACCAAACCUCCACUUCACCCAGGCUGAGCUCAAGAGCAGCUCAAAGAAAGGCCUCCAGGCCUGUGCACAGGGCAGGGACAAACAGCCACCUGCUGCAGUCCCUGGUGGAAUUAGCAAGAGGGACGGAGUCAGACAUUACCAGCAGCAAAGACUCUGAUGACUCUGCAUUGGAUGAGGAUGAGGCAGAGGACGAAAUUGACAAAGAUUCAGAUGACAGUCUAACAGACUCUGGCAGUAAUCUGGACAGUGACUCUGAUGAUGAUGAUGACGGUGAAGAAGAGGAGGAGGACAAGGCUGAAGAAAUAGAGACUGAUACAGAGAAUGAGAGAACGACAGUCAAACUCACUAAAAGCUCAACCUCCUUAACAGACAGCACUUCCAAUAUGGUCACUAGCUCUGCCUCCCUCAAUCUGCAUAUCCAUGAUCUUCCAGCAAUAUCUUUGUCCGCUGCUGUGACCAGCUCUGGCACCCCGGUCUGUCCCAGCACUCCCUCUUCAUCAUACAGUCUUCCAACUCCUCCGGGCUCAAGAAAGAGAAGAAGAGUGACGGAUGAAAGGGCGCUGCGUAGGCCUCUUGAGCAUGGGUGGCAGAGAGAGACUCGUAUCAUGAGUAUCUGUGGGCGAGUGCAGGGAGAAGUCGUGUACUAUGCCCCCUGUGGCAAAAAACUCAAACAGUACCCGGAUGUCAUAAAGUAUCUAGCAAGAAAUGGAAUAAGUGAGAUCACGCGUGACCAUUUUAGCUUCAGUGCUAAAAUAAGGGUAGGGGACUUCUAUGAAGCUAGAGAAGGACCAGAGGGUUUACAGUGGUGCCUGCUGAAAGAUGAUGAAGUCAUUCCUCGUAUCCUGGCAAUGGAGGGUCGGAGAGGCCGUCCUAAAAACUUGGAGUUCCAGCGUCCGGCUGACGCCUCUGGUGGUAACCCCCUUGGUUCCCGCCACAGGAAAAUAAAGACACCUAACUUGGGGGAGGCCGAAGCUGUCAGCGCUGCAGAUGCUAAAGUACUUCGUAGGCUGGAGGCCCAGGAGAUUGCACGGCAGGCUGCUCAGAUAAAGCUGAUGCGAAAGCUGGAGAAGCAGGCACUUGCACGAGCUGCUAAAGAGGCCAAGAGACAGCAAGCGCUGCUGGCAGCAGAGGAGAAGCGGAAGCAGAAGGAGCAGCUGAAGAUUCUGAAGCAGCAGGAGAAGAUCAGAAGAAUCCAACAGAUCCGUAUGGAGAAGGAACUUAGGGCUCAGCAGAUACUUGAGGCAAAGAGGAAGAAGAAGGAGGAGGCCACCAAUGCAAAGAUACUAGAAGCUGAAAAACGAAUAAAGGAGAAGGAACUUCGUAGGCAGCAGGCCUUGAUUCUGAAGCACCAGGAGUUGGAGAGGCAUAGACUAGAUAUGGUAUGGGAGCGGGAGAGACGAAGGCAGCACAUGCUGCUGAUGAAAGCCAUGGAGGCUCGGAAGAAAGCAGAGGAGAGAGAACGCCUGAAGCAGGAGAAGAGAGAUGAGAAACGCUUAAACAAAGAACGCAAACUGGAGCUGAGGAGGCUGGAGCUGGAGAUGGCCAAGGAGCUGAACAAACCCAAUGAAGACCUCUGUCUGGCAGAUCAGAAGCCUCUGCCGGAACUGUCCCGGUUGCCAGGGCUGCUCUUGCCAGGUAGCUGUUUUGCAGACUGUCUGAUGGUGAUGCAGUUCCUGCGCUGCUUUGGGAAGGUGUUGGGCUUGGACAGCAGCACUGAGUUACCCACAUUGCACAUGCUGCAAGCUGGACUGCUCAACCUGGGCCCCAGUGCAGCACAGCUGCAGGACCUGCUUGUACGUCUGCUCUCUGCUGCAGUGUGUGACCCCGGCCUUCCUCCAGGACACAGAGCUAAAACUGCUCUCGGUGAGCACCUGUCCAGUGUGGGGAUAAACCGGGAGAACGUGUCUGAGAUUCUGCAGAUCUACAUGGCUGCUCACUGCAGUCAGACUGAACUGGUCCCACUCGUGGAGAGCCUGAAGACCAAAGCCUUCCAAGCCCACACUCCUGCUCAUAAAGCCUCCAUACUGGCCUUCCUGGUCAAUGAGCUGGCCUGCAGCAAGAAUGUGGUCACUGAAAUUGACAAAAAUAUUGACCAUAUGACAAACCUACGGCGAGAAAAAUGGGUCAUUGAGGGCAGCCUUCGCAAGCUAAGAAGUAUCUAUGCUAAGCGGACAGGGAAGCGUGAGAGCAGUGUAGGAAACGAGGAGACCCAUGUUCUGGGGACCCCCAGCUCUGGCCGCAAACGCAAAAGAAAAACGUCUGCUAGCGAGGACGACGACGAUGAGGAUGAUGACAGUGAUGAGGGAGAGUUGGAAGAUGAUGAAGAAGAAGAGGGUCUGAAGAAAGGAAAGAGAACAGACACAUUUGAGGAAGAGGAUGAUGGGGAUCAAACAGCCAGUGUGGAAGAGCUAGAGAGAAAGAUUGAGAAAUUAACUAAGCAACAGAGUCAGAUCCGCCGUAAACUUUUUGAGUCAUCACACUCCUUACGCUCGAUGAUGUUCGGACAGGAUCGCUAUAAGAGGCGCUACUGGGUCCUGCCCCAGUGCGGAGGUGUGUUUAUUGAGGGCAUGGAGAGUGGAGAAGGGCCCGAGGAGCUUCAGAGAGAGAGGGACAGGUUGCAGAAUGCUCAGCACAUCCAGGUGAAAGAGGAGCCCAUGGAGGUGCCUGCUGACAAACCACCCUCUGCCAGCCCGGAUGUGAAGCGUGAAGCUUUCUCUCCGGGCCCAAAACAGGAGAAGGACUCGCUCAACUUGUUCCUGCAGAAGCCAGGCUCCUUUUCCAAGCUCAGCAAACUGUUGGAAGUAGCAAAGAUGUCCCCUGAGCCCAGCAACCACACCCAAGGCCCCCUGCCCUCUGCUGGACACUUGCUUACAAAUACCCAAACUACGUUACCCAAUAGCUUCUCUUCCACCUCAACCCAGGGCAUUAAAUCUGAACUCAGUGCUCCUCUAAUAAGCCCUGCCUACCUUGGCAACCUGCAGCAGCAGCUCCACAGUGACCAACUCUACAGGGCUCUGACAGAAAAAAAUGCUCACUGGUUUAGUCUGCUGCCACGUUCGCCGUGUGAUAACUCCUCACUGGCAGCCAAUCCCACCUCUCUACCAUCAUCUUCCUCCCCUCAACCUUGCAGUGCCAAAGCACAAUCACCCAUCAACAGCAACACCACUACAACCCAGCCCCACUCCUCCCUUUCAUCCAACAACAGCCACUCAGCUUCCAACACCAGGACCCAGUCCCCCUCCUGCCUCUCCAACAUUAGCCAGCACAUCUCCACUACCAGCCCCUCCACUACUGCAGCAGUCAGUAACUUCCCAUUAGCUGGACUGCAGAUGAAGCCUGGUAUACACAUGAUGGGCCUGCCAUUCUGUCACUGGCCUACAGGACUGGCCGGUCUAAAUAUGACAUUUGGAGGCAUGUCUGCAUCACCUACACUGGGAGAGGUGUAUGCUGAUGCAGAGGCUAAUGGGAAUGGAAGCCUCUUGCAGACCCCCAGUGUGGGUACCUGUAAGAGUGAGUCUCCAGUGCUGUCCAGUGAGAAGCCUCCUGAAGCCCUGUCCCCUGCCCUGGAAAUUGCCAAAAAUCAGGACCUCCCCUCCCCCCUUCCCAUCCCAGAAGAGAUGCUGGCUGGCUGGUGGAAGGUGUUGAGCUUUGAAGAGUUGAGCAGUAUAGUGAAUGUUUGUCAUCCUCGUGGGAUCAGAGAGAAGGUCCUGCAGAAACAAAUCCAGAAACACAUGGACUACAUCACGCAAGUCUGUGCCAAGAACAAAGACGCUGCUGUGAUUGAUGUGUGUGAGUUGGAAGAGAGCCAGGUUUGUAAGGAGACCAUGCAGGGCUGGUGUGUAGAAGAGCAUGCCAUGGAUCUGGACAUUGUUGUGCUACAGCAAGUGGAGGAGCUUGAGCGCAGAGUCACCUCAGCUAGUCUGCAGGUCAAGGGUUGGAUGCCCCCAGAGCCACAGUCUGAAAGAGAAGAUCUGGUCUAUUAUCAGCACAAGGCCUUCGGUGAGAUUGACAACGAGCCGUUGGACAAAGCGGAAACAGGCAUUAUGCGGCGCACUAAUAACCCGUUGGACAUAGCAGUGACGCGCCUGUCUGAGCUGGAGCGGAACAUCGAGAGAAGGUACCUGAAGAGCCCCUUAAGCACCACCAUUCAGAUCACUCUGGAUAACGUGGGUACGGUGACUGUACCGGCUCCUGCACCAUCCCCUAGUGCUGAUGGUGAUGGAGGUGAGGAGGACCUGGCUCCAGGGAUGAAGCAGUGGCGGAAAGCGCUCAGUGAGGUACGCAGUGGCGCCCAGCUGUCACUCUGCUUGCAGCAGCUGCAACGCUCUAUUGCAUGGGAGAGAUCAAUCAUGAAAGUGUACUGCCAGAUGUGCCGGAAGGGGGACAAUGAAGAGCUGCUUCUGCUGUGUGAUGGCUGUGAUAAGGGAUGCCACACAUACUGCCAUAAACCCCAGAUCAGCACCAUCCCUGAGGGAGACUGGUUCUGCCCUGCUUGCAUAGCCAAGGCGAGCGACUCGUCCCAGAAGAGUAAGAAACAGGCCAGUCGCCCUAGUGGAGGAGGGAAGAAACCAUCAGAUGUUAAACGCAACAAAAAAGCAUGUGUAGCAGGAGAGGCCUCUGAGGAUGACACAGCCAACACGAGUGCCAGCAGCACACCCAAAAAAGGAGUAAAGGAAACAAAAAAGAAAAAAACUGAGAGCCUGUCCACUGAUGUUGCCAAGGAAGAGAACUCACCAGAGGACAAAGUUAAAAAGGCCAAAACAGUCAGAGACAACAGUAAAGACCUGGAACUCUGCAGGUUGCUGUUGGCGGAGCUACAGUCUCAUCAGGACGCCUGGCCUUUUAUGACUCCGGUCAAUCCUAAAUCAGUCCCUGGUUACCGCAAGGUCAUUAAGAAACCAAUGGACUUCUCUACCAUCCGUGAAAAACUCUCCAACAGCCUAUACCAGAAUCUGGAGACUUUCAUCAUUGAUGUUAACUUGGUUUUUGAUAACUGUGAAAAGUUUAAUGAGGAUAAUUCUGACAUUGGACGUGCAGGACACAAUAUGAGGAGAUUUUUUCAGCAGCGAUGGACUGAGCUUUUAAAACAAAUGAACUAGAACUCUGAAAAUCUCAGCUUACAGAACAGGCUUCGCCUGUAAUAAAAAAAUGCACUCAUUCGCAAGUUUCCUGUAGUCUCAGUUCUCUCGUUUUUAACAGGAACCCAGAAUACCAGCAUUUCACCAGUGUUGCCAUUCCUGAUAUGUAGAGAAAGGUGCCAGAUUGCUCCAGACAAAAUAGGGUGUCUUUUAAAGUGCAAUACCAAUUCUGUUUCCUUUAAAGAACUCCCACACAGCCCCAUCCAUUUCAUCCACAUGUAAAUAUACAAUUUGUUUUUGUGCUUUUUUAAUACAGUAAACAUAUUUAAUGUUGUUAAUUAUUUAUGAUUAAAAUGGUCUUCAUUUUCUAUGAAAAGAAGAAAAUGUAA